AUGUCGCUACCAAAGGGCGUCUUCGUCGCUCCUUUCCACAAGCGCAAGGAGGCCGCGGCGGCGAAGCGGCGCUUCGCGCGGGGCAGCGAGAGCGAUUUGUUGGCCGUCGUCGGCGCCUACGAGGCGCGCAGCGCGCUGGACCGGCGCGACGUUCCUGGAUUUUGCCGCGACCACUUUCUGCACGCGGCGGCGUUGGGCGACCUGACGGGCCUCCGGAACCAGUUCCGGGGGCACCUGCGGGACGCGGGGCUGCUCGGCGACGAAGAGGCCGUGACCCUCGACGAGACGUCGUCGCUGCUGCGAGGCUUGUUGUGCGCGGGGCUCUACCCGCACGUCGCGCGCCUCGCCGGCGACGCGCCGCACCUCAAAUGCCGGGACCGGUCCAAGUGGUGGUGCCACCCACAGUCGCUCAACUUCAAGACGUUGGCGCCCGGGGGCAAGCUCAAGGAGCGGAAGACGACCUACGUCGUCUACAACGCGCGCCUGAAGACCUCGAAGCCCUACCUCCUCGACACGUCCGUCGUCCACCCGCUCGCGCUCCUCCUCUUCGGCGGCGCGCUGCGCGAGUCGCUGGACGGCACGCGCGUCGUCCUCGACGGCUGGCUCCCCUUCAAGGCCACGAAGCACGCGCAGCUCGCGGUCCUCGCGCUCCGGGGCGAGAUUGACGCGCUCCUGGCGGCCGCCGUCGACGCGGACGCGCGCGCGCGGCCCGCGGCGGAGGCCCAGCGCCGCCUCGUCGUCGCCGCCGUGCGGAACCUGCUCGCCAUGCUGACGCCGACCUAA